AUACAUUUAAGGAGGGCGGAGGGUGACUCAAUUCGUGACAGCGUCUUUACUCUGCUUAUGCGUAUUUACUCAUAUAUUGGCACUGGCCCGCCGCUGCCUUUGUAUUUGAGCAACCAAAAAAAAAAAAAAAAAAAAAAAAGAAAAAAAAAAAAGAAAAGAGAAAUAGAAUAGAAAUGGACUGAGGAGGAGGAGGCUGGGAAAUGAUGUGGAGUUGGAAGCAGAGAAAUAGAAGACGACGAGAAAUCCAUGCCUUUGCCUUUGCCUUUGCCUUUGCUUAUAAUACUCAGUCUCUGCCUGGCUGCGACAGUAACUUCCUCCUAGUUUAAUUAUCUUAGUGUGAAGGAACAAGGCAGAGAGUCGAGACGGCCUCAACUUGAGCGGAAAAAAGGAGCCUCCAAGCCAAGGACCAAGCAACGUUGUUCAUUUCCUUCCGCAAUGUACCUCAUUCUGUACGGAUUGAAUUCUUUGAGAUCCGGCCUGAACAAGAUGAAACGCCCAUCAGCAUCAGCAUCCUCUUAAUCAGCGCAAGAUUUGAUUUUUUUUCCAAGGGCGCAAGAUUUGAGUUGAAUGUGUGGAGUGGAGAGUUGGUACUGCUAUAUUUAUUUACAAAAAAGAUAAACCUUAAAAGAAUUGCUAGGGUUUCUCUUUUCUUUCUUUGCCCAUGACUACUAAACGCGCUUACAAGCUACAGGAAUUCGUAGCACAUUCUUCAACUGUGAAUUGCCUUAAGAUAGGCAGAAAAUCUUCCAGAGUUCUUGUCACUGGCGGAGAAGAUCACAAGGUCAAUCUCUGGGCCAUUGGGAAACCCAAUGCCAUACUGAGUUUGUCUGGACACACCAGUGGAAUUGAUUCGGUAAGCUUUGAUUCUUCAGAGGUCUUAGUAGCUGCAGGAGCUGCAAGUGGCACAAUUAAGCUUUGGGAUCUAGAGGAGGCAAAGAUUGUUCGCACACUUACUGGUCACAGAUCCAAUUGUAUAUCUGUGGACUUCCAUCCUUUUGGGGAGUUCUUUGCAUCUGGCUCGCUGGACACAAAUCUCAAAAUAUGGGAUAUCAGGAAGAAGGGGUGUAUUCACACAUACAAAGGCCAUACUCGAGGAGUCAACGCUAUCAGAUUUACACCGGAUGGCCGUUGGGUUGUUUCUGGUGGAGAGGACAACACUGUGAAGUUGUGGGAUCUGACUGCUGGUAAGCUGCUGCAUGAUUUCAAGUGUCAUGAGGGCCAGAUUCAGUGCAUAGAUUUUCAUCCCCACGAGUUUCUGCUAGCUACAGGUUCAGCUGAUAGGACAGUCAAAUUUUGGGACCUCGAAACCUUUGAGUUAAUUGGCUCAUCUGGACCUGAGACAACUGGAGUGCGUUCUUUGACUUUUAGUCCUGAUGGGAGAGCCCUACUCUGUGGAUUGCAUGAAAGUUUGAAGGUUUUCUCGUGGGAGCCAAUAAGAUGCCAUGAUGCCGUGGAUGUUGGAUGGUCUCGAUUGUCAGAUCUUAAUGUUCAUGAGGGAAAGCUGCUUGGAUGCUCAUACAAUCAGAGUUGUGUUGGAGUGUGGGUUGUAGACAUCUCGCGCAUAGAACCGUAUGCAAUUGGUAAUGCUAGCAGAUUGAAUGGGCACACAGAAUCUAAACCAUUAUCUGGUGGGAAUCUGUCAUUACUCAAUGAGAAUGCUGCUAAAAGUUUGGGUCGGCUAUCUGUUUCCCAAUGUUCAGAUUCUUUAGUGAAGGAAACAAAAUCUCUUGGAAGGUUAUCAGUUUCUCAAAAUUCAGAUCCCACUAAGGAGCCAAAAGUUAUUGCAUCCACAGGAAAUGUUCCUGGUACUCCUCAAAGGAUCAAUUUGAACUCCAGUCCAAAAACUAUUGCGGCUAGUUCAGCAGCAGUUCCUAGUGCAACAACCCUGAAGAGGAGUUCUACUAAGAUCAAUUCAACAGCCAAUCUUCCAACUUUUAACAAGUCUGAUGUCAUACCUGUAAUUGUACCGAGAACUAGUAUAAGACCAGAGUUGCCAGCUGAGUCCAGAAAAGAGGCCGGUGGUUCUGGGAGAACACUGGCAUUUUCUUUGCAGUCAAAGGCAACUGAUUUCCGGAAGUUGUCCAAUAGCAGAGAAGAAGUGGAUAAGCCAACUGUCUCUUCAGUGUCUGAUUCCGCUGCUUCUAAGGCUACUGAAUUAAGCAGUGCUGCAGAUAAGAAUGGUUUCUCAACAGUUAUAAGUUCAACCCAGGGAAUACAUACUGCUGAAAGGAACACAAAGGAUGACAGAUAUUUUGGACCUGGGAAGCAUGAGACAAGUUCAAUGCUGGAGGCAACUGCGAGCUACCAGCAUGAAAGUUAUGAAACUCGAGGGCACAAGGUGAGUAGAGAUGCAUACUCUGCUGAAGGUCAAAGAGGAGGAAGAAUGCGCUCACUUGCUGUGAAUUGGGAGAAAAGAGAUAGAUAUUCUAACUACGAGGGACCUACGCCCAAUAGUACCCUGGGAACAGCAUCCGCGGUGAACAUGCCCCCUUCGAAUGCGUUUAAGCAGCGAGGUUAUCCUACAUCUACUGAAAAAGAAUUGGUGUCUGCUAGUGAUGAGGAUGCUAUUGCAGAUCUCAUGGAAAAACAUGACCAAUUUGUUGGCUCCAUGCAAUCUCGUUCAACCAAAUUACAGGUAGUCUAUAGAUAUUGGGAAAGGAAUGAUGUUAAGGGGGUCAUUGGUGCAAUGGAGAAGAUGGCUGAUCAUGCUGUCAUUGCGGAUGUAGUUAGCAUUAUGACAGAAAAAAUUGACAUUGUCACACUGGAUAUAUGCACGUGUCUUCUGCCACUCCUCAAUGGCCUUCUAGAAAGUAACAUGGAUAGGCAUUUAGGCAUUUCUUUGGAAAUGCUGCUCAAGCUGGUUAGAGUAUUUGGUUCUGUGAUCUAUUCAACAUUAUCCGCAUCAUCAUCUGUUGGUGUUGAUAUUGAAGCCGAGCAAAGGCUGGAGCGUUGCAACAACUGUUUUAUGGAGCUUGAAAAAGUCAAAACCUGUUUGUCUGCUCUUACCAGAAGAGGAGGAUCAAUUGCGAAGUCUGCACAAGAGUUGAAUCUAGCUCUUCAGGAAGUUUCAUGACUGAAAGUGAAAGUGCAGUCUGGAGGGAGUUUGUGCAUUUUGGAGUUAUGGACCCCUCUUCUUGCAACACCUGAUGGCUGGCUAUUGACGCAACGCUCUGUGUCUCGUGUGGCCUGGCUCGGGCAUUCCCUGGUUGUACAUUAAUGCUAAGUGGAGUUAUUAACUACAAGCUUAUUCUAAACUAUUCACUAAAACAAGAGGCUAAUUGACAUGUCAGUAUACAUCCUGUCUGCACGGUUUUGGGAACUAUCAAUCCAUUUCUGCUCAGCGGAGAAGAGAUACCGCUCCGUUUCACACUUAACCGAAUAUGUAGCAUCAAAUUGUUUCCUUUGGUUGCAUUAGUGAUGAUUUAAUUAUUAUUUUUUUAAAUAGAUACGUUCCUAAUGUAAAAGAUUGGUGCUACUGUAACAGGUAUCCUGAAAAAAACUGCAAAUGUGAGUAAUGGCUUUAAUAUUAGAUUCUUUCAAGUCCUCUUUCA